UUGUUAUCUUUUGGGUAAGGUUUCGAUUGGUGUGUAUAUUCAUUAAACCUAUAACGCCAAAGUCAUCUCGAUGGCAGCAAAAAAUUGUGGAAAAUACCUUAAAAAAAACGCGAAAGUCCGUUACAAUGAUCUAUAAUCUAUGGGUAUAUCGAUGUAAAAUUUGUCAUGUCUUCGAUUGCGUAACUACGAAGCUGACAGUUAAAGAAAAAAGUCGAGUGAAUUGAUAACAUAUUUAUGAAUAUACGCCUAUGUACAAAUACUUGCAGACUUCGUCAAAGGAUCCGACAUUAAAGGAGCCGCACAAAACAAACACGGAGUCAGCAAACACUAAACCCGAUCUUCUGUACGGAAUUAACGACAAUCCACCAUGGUAUCUAAGUAUACUACUGGCUUUUCAGCAUUAUUUAACAAUGAUAGGAGCGAUCGUGUCGAUACCGUUUAUUUUGACACCUGCUCUGUGCAUGUCUGACGAGGAUCCGAAUCGCGGCCUAAUCAUCUCAACUAUGGUAUUUAUUACCGGUAUAGUUACAUAUUUUCAGGCUACAUGGGGUGUGCGUUUACCAAUUGUACAAGGCGGAACAAUAUCGUUUUUAGUGCCAACGUUAGCGAUUUUGUCACUGCCUCAAUGGAAAUGUCCACCGGCAAGUGAACUUAGCGCAAUGAACGAGACCGAGAGGCAAGAAUUGUGGCAAAUACGCAUGCGCGAGCUAUCGGGAGCUAUAGCGGCUUCGGCGAUGGUUCAAGUCAUUAUGGGUUACACUGGUCUGGUGGGAAAAAUUCUGCGGUUUGUCACGCCGUUAACAAUCGUUCCUACCGUGUCAUUAGUUGGUCUAACACUUUUCGAGCAUGCGGCCAAAACCGCUUCAAAGCAAUGGGGGAUUGCUGUAGGAACGACAGCAAUGCUAACCUUAUUUUCCCAAAUUAUGUCAAAUGUCUCGAUACCGAUGCCGGUUUAUCGCAAAGGACAAGGCAUUGAAUUCCGACCUUUCUUACUUUUCCGUUUAUUUCCGGUUUUGCUAACAAUAAUCAUUAUGUGGAGUCUUUGCGGAAUACUUACGGCAACGAAUGUUUUCGGCGACGGUCAUCCCUCAAGAACGGACGUGCGUCUUAAGGUUCUUACAAAUGCCAAAUGGUUCUAUGUUCCAUACCCAGGUCAGUUUGGUAGCCCGUCGUUUACGCUUUCAGGUUCACUGGGAAUGCUGGCGGGGGUUCUAGCUUGCACGGUCGAAUCCCUUAGUUAUUAUCCGACAGUUUCCCAAAUGGCUGGUGCUCAGCCGCCGCCGCUACAUGCGAUAAAUCGUGGUAUUGGCACCGAGGGCUUGGGUACUGUUUUGGCCGGUCUUUGGGGCGCAGGUAAUGGUACAAACACGUUUGGUGAAAAUGUUGGCGCGAUAGGCGUUACAAAGAUUGGUUCUCGCCGGGUUAUACAAUGGGCUGCAUUCAUAAUGGUAUUACAGGGCGUUAUUGGUAAAUUUGGAGCGAUUUUCAUAUUAAUACCUGACUCGGUGGUUGGCGGCAUAUUUUGUGUUAUGUUUGGAAUGAUUAUAGCUUUUGGCUUGUCUACGCUGCAAUACAUUGACUUGCGUUCUUCGCGUAAUUUAUAUAUCUUGGGUUUAUCGAUUUUCUUCCCCAUGGUUUCAUGUAAAUGGAUACAAGAGCACCCGGGAGCAAUAGAUACCGGCAAUAAAACUGUUGAUUCCACCUUAACCGUUUUACUAGGCACUACAAUUUUAGUGGGUGGUGUACUCGGUUGCCUUUUAGACAAUAUAAUACCCGGUUCACCUGCAGAGCGCGGCCUAAUUGAAUGGGCGAAUCAGAUGCCAUUGAGUUCUGACUAUGUGAACGAUGGAAGCUCUACUGAUUACGAUUUUCCCUACGGGAUGAAUGCACUUAAACGUUGGAAAUGGACCCAUUAUGUACCGUUUUUACCAACGUAUAAAUUGCAGACGGACAAUCAAUAAAGACGUUCGCGUUCAUGGACAGGAAAUGUCUACGUCCGAGGUAGUACGUAAAAUGAAAUUCUUUUCGAAAUAAUGUUUUUUUUUUAUUUUUAAUUAUUUGUUUUAAUAAUAUGUAUAUAUAUUUUUUUCUAAUGUAAACACUAAGUACACGAGAGAAAUGCUUAAUUAUUUGAAUUAUGCAUGCAUCGUAUGCACACACAUUUACAUUCAUGUCAGUAUGCAUGUGAAUCUCGUAUGCAUGUGUCUAUUGUGUAGGUAUGUUUGCAUGAAGACAGUUUUCCCUAUAGUUUAUAUAUUGCUUUGAAAUGAAGAUGAAAAUUUAGAAUCUUUUCCGCACAUGCACGUGUACACAAUUUUGAGAUUUUUGUUUAAUCUUACAAGAUGUAAAUGCUUUCACACACACACACACACCCACAUGUAUGUAUCAUUUAGUGAACAUAAGUGCCCUUGAUAUUUAUAGUCUUUUAUUUAGAAUAACUUACUCUCCACGAUAUUGAUUUCAACGUAGCACCAUACGUAUCUUGAGAUGUUGUUGUAAAUAUUUUUAAAAACUAUAUCAGGACCUAUCUUCUGCACUAUCUAGGAACGAAAUAUUUGUCAAUUGAAUUAAAAUUUCCUGAACGCAUUCUCUUUAUCUACUGCCCAAGUAUGGAAACCAUGUUCUUCGAGCCCAUUAGGAUGGUAUUAAAACAUAUCCUUGUCAAAAAAAAAAAGUUUUUGGAUUUGUUUAGUGCUAGUUUUCUUGAAAUUGAAGACAACUGUAUAAUCAAUCAGUCGAGGAAUAUCAACUCUUCGGUGAGGGUCGAAAAUCAGUGAGGAAAGAGGAAAGAAUAGGAAAGCGGUCUUCAUGAGUGUGGGUCCAAUAGAUAAGUCUUGUGCGUCUACCGACUGACUACGACCCUAACUGCGACCAAAGUAAACUCUAACUCAUUAAGAUAUGAAGACGCGAGCACAGACUUUAUUAGGCAGUCGUGAUUCGUAUCUACUCGACUACUCAUGCGGAUUGCAGUACUGACUGUACUUCACAGUGAUUAUGAUAUGAACUGAUUAAUGAACGCGGAUGGUAAUCCUCUUCUUUUUUAUUCGUUUGUAACUUCUGAUGUAAGUCCAAUUUUCUUUUUUUUUUAACUAUAUUGCAUUACAACUCUGAAAGCGGAUUUGUUCGCAAAGGAACGAAAGGAGCUUUGUGAAGAUAUUUCAACCGACUGCUCGACGAAUCUUUACAACAAUAAAGUCGAAUUAUUGCAAUCAUGCGAAGACAAAUAAAAAAGUGGAGUCAAUAUCAAAGGCUUAAGUGGCAUGAUUGUGAUGAAACGAACAAACGACUGACAUAUCCGAUGAAAAGGAAGAUGGAAUAAAUCAAAGAGAAAAAAUCGAAUUAUUUUCACACGCAUCCUAAUAAAUAUAUAUAGAAAUAAUCCACAAACUUUUGGUGUUUUCUUUGCCAACUCAGAUAUUUUCGGUUUACUAAUGUAAUGUAUACAUAUAUAUAUACAUAUGGAAGAUGUGUUCUAUCCUUUAAUAAAAGAAUAGAGAACACAAAUUGGAACAUACCUAUCUACACAUUUCCAAAUAGCGAUUAUAAUGAUUAAUUCACUAAAAACGAGUGAACAGUUUCGUCACACAUCACAUCAUUACAAAUUUCCAUUUCUUUAAUCGUUCGUUAGCAUCUUGUCUUCGAAUUAUGUCAAGCUUCAUUACAAUGCAAUUAGUGCCGUCAGUCUGCCUGCCUUUCUGUCUGUCUAUACGAAUACGUAUACCUGCGUGCAUGUUCGUGUGUGCGUGCGUGUGUGUGUGUGUGUAUGUGUGUAUGUGUGAAUGCAUAACAAACAGUUCGUUUAGUUAGCUUAAAAGUUAAUUAAUAUUUAAAUCUAUAAAAUUAUAAUUAAAUUCUCAGUUCUUUCUACUUAACAAUUUACAAAAUUGCUUUUAAAUUCUAGGAGAACGUAUAUAUACAGUGGCGUAGCUAGAGUCGUAUAGCUUAAUGGCUUCAUAUCUUCUUAAGCACUCUUCUUCAACUUAUAUGAAUAAAUAAUGAGAACUUUUGUACUGAAUUAUAACAACAAUGUAAACUAUUGAUCUAAAUUGCUUCAUAAGAUUAAUUUAAUUUAUGUCAGAUAAAUUUUAGAUAUUAUUUAUUUAAUUAAAUAUGUAGUAACAGGGAGACGGCGCUCCGACGUCCUGAUUACAUACUAGUUAAAAAUUUCUACGAUCAAAGGCAUUUCUGAGUGUUCCCAGGGAAAAGAAAAAAAAAA